AUGACAGAAGAGCCCGAGCCUAUUUUCUCGAAAGAGCCCAUCUAUUUGAAGAACUCUAGAGAAUCUGAGGUUUUAUCUGCUCAAAUCAGUAUCGUUCGGAUCGUGCUAUCUCAGAAUUCUCUUUCAAAUAACCUCCAAAAGCUUUUGAGACGUUUUGCUGGUGAAGCUGAAGGUGCUAGAGAGCUCAUUGAUAAUUUUAUUGAAGAUUAUGUGACCCAAUGUCUUGUAAUUGAACAGCACGCUACUAAGGGCAAAUUGACAAAUAAAGAAACAAUCCGAAACAGAGUUAUCUUCGAACAAUUUGAAACUGCCAUAACAGAAGCUCAUUUGCGAUUGAAAAGAUGGGCUACAAUAUUGAUUGCAAUGCAUGAGCUCAUUGCCGAGAUUUGCAAAGGCAUUGCGCAGUUUAUACGAAGAAGAUCGGAGCUUGGAAAAGUUACUCUCUCAACUUGCAGGGCUGUUGAAUUUCUGGACUUGCAAGUGAAGUUCAAGAAUAUGAUGGGAAAAGCAAGAAGUUUGGUGGCUAUAGCCAGAAAAACCAUGACCUCUGUUGAAUUAUAUUCAAAUCAGAUUAAGGCUUUUUCUGAUGACAAGUAA